AUGAAGGUGAGAUCAUGGCUAAGGUCAACAUGCUCCUCCUCAACCUGCAUCUCCACCGCCAAAGACGCCAUCGUCCCUCCACCAACGCCAAACCAACUUGUCAUUUCUGAUUCAAGCAGCUGCUCAGUCGACGCUCAAGCAAGUAGUAGUGCAUCAUCCUUAACUUCUCAAGAUUCCACCUAUACUACUCGUAGUCAUACCAGCCUCGAAAGCAACCUCUCCAUCUUAACUCUCCCAUCCGUCCCCUCUCUCCAAAAACUCUCCCCCGAAGCCUUAAACCUCUCCAUCACAACCCUUUGCAUCACCUCCCUUAAACCCCAACAACCCGCCCACGUCAACUUCCUCGCACUAAACAAUAAUCUCCUCUACGCCGUCUCAGGCAGCCAAGUCAACGUUUUCAACACCACUAACUUCACGCUUUUCGAUUCCUUCCACGUCAAUAAUGAUUCCUCCUCAUCCGGCUCCAUCAAAUCCUUAGCCUUUUGUGACGGAAAGAUUUUCACGGCUCACCAAGAUUGCAGAAUCCGAGUUUGGAAAUUAACGUCAUCCUCGGUUGGACAGCAUAAGCUCAUCGCCACACUUCCCACGGUCGAGGAUCGGUUGAGAAACUUCAUAUUACCCAAAAACUACGUCAAAGUUCGACGUCACAGGAAGAAACUAUGGGUCGAACAUUAUGAUGCAGUAUCGAGUCUAGCCGCGGCAGAAAAUUUGUUACACUCGGUCUCGUGGGAUAAAUAUCUAAAGAUUUGGCGGGCUAAGGAUUUUCGAUGCACAGAAUCAAUCAAAGCCCAUGAUGAUGCGAUUAACGCGGUAGCAGCAUCACCAGGCGGUCUCAUUUACACGGGCUCGGCUGAUAAGCGGAUUAGAGUCUGGGGAAGAGCAUUUGGUGAGAAGAAACAUGUUUUAAUGGCUACUCUUGAGAAGCAUAAGUCAGCUGUUAAUGCAUUGGCAUUGAACUUUGAUGGCUCGGUUUUGUUUUCCGGAGCCUGUGACCGGUCGAUAUUGGUGUGGGAGAGGGAGGAGAGUGCUAAUCAUAUGGUGGUGACGGGAGCAUUGAGGGGCCAUUCGAAGGCUGUAUUGUGUUUGAUUAACGUGUGCGAUUUGUUGUUGAGCGGGUCGGCUGAUAGGACGGUGAGGAUUUGGCAUCGGGGCCAUGAUGGACGGUACUGUUGCUUGACGGUCUUGGACGGACAUGCUAAGCCGGUGAGGUCGUUGGUGGGGGUGGCGGAGGAGGAUUCUGGUGGUGCCGUUAAGGUGUUUAGUGGAAGUUUUGAUGGUGAGAUUAAGGUUUGGAAGGUUAUGAUUUCCUCAAGUAGUGUUAAGACUCCCAUCCCCAUGUCCUCCUUCCAAUGUGGAUGA